CCUUCUGGAAGGUUCUAAGACAGGGUAUAAGAGACAGUGAGGCGGGCGGAAACCGGUCUCAUUGAACGCGGAGGCAGCUUUCGGGGGAUUCGUGCGGUCUCGUCGCUAGCGCAGCACAGGCCUACACACGAGCAACCAUGUCUAAGGGACCUGCAGUUGGCAUCGAUCUUGGCACCACCUACUCCUGUGUGGGUGUCUUCCAGCAUGGGAAGGUGGAGAUAAUUGCCAAUGACCAGGGUAACCGAACCACACCGAGCUACGUGGCUUUCACUGACACAGAACGACUAAUUGGGGAUGCCGCGAAGAAUCAGGUUGCAAUGAACCCCACCAACACAGUGUUUGAUGCCAAACGUUUGAUCGGACGUAGGUUUGAUGAUGCUGUUGUUCAGUCUGAUAUGAAGCACUGGCCUUUCAUGGUGGUGAAUGAUGCAGGCAGGCCCAAGGUCCAAGUAGAAUACAAAGGAGAGACAAAAAGUUUCUACCCAGAGGAGGUGUCCUCUAUGGUUCUGACGAAGAUGAAGGAAAUUGCAGAAGCCUAUCUUGGGAAGACUGUCACCAAUGCUGUGGUCACUGUGCCAGCCUACUUCAAUGACUCUCAGCGACAGGCAACAAAAGAUGCUGGAACUAUUGCCGGGCUCAAUGUGCUUCGAAUUAUUAAUGAACCAACUGCUGCUGCUAUUGCUUAUGGGUUAGAUAAGAAGGUUGGAGCUGAAAGGAAUGUGCUGAUUUUUGACUUGGGAGGUGGUACUUUUGAUGUGUCAAUCCUCACUAUUGAGGAUGGAAUUUUUGAAGUCAAAUCAACAGCUGGAGACACCCACUUGGGUGGAGAAGACUUUGAUAACCGAAUGGUCAACCAUUUCAUUGCUGAGUUUAAGCGGAAGCACAAGAAGGACAUCAGUGAGAACAAGAGAGCUGUCAGGCGUCUGCGUACUGCCUGUGAACGGGCUAAGCGUACCCUCUCCUCCAGCACCCAGGCCAGUAUUGAGAUUGAUUCGCUCUAUGAGGGAAUCGACUUCUAUACCUCCAUUACCCGUGCUCGAUUUGAAGAAUUAAAUGCUGACCUGUUCCGAGGCACUCUGGACCCUGUAGAAAAGGCCCUUCGAGAUGCCAAACUAGACAAGUCACAGAUCCAUGACAUUGUCCUGGUGGGUGGUUCUACCAGAAUCCCCAAGAUCCAGAAGCUUCUGCAAGACUUCUUCAAUGGAAAAGAACUGAAUAAGAGCAUUAACCCCGAUGAAGCUGUUGCUUAUGGUGCAGCUGUCCAGGCCGCCAUUCUGUCUGGAGACAAGUCUGAGAAUGUUCAGGAUUUGCUGCUCUUGGAUGUCACUCCUCUCUCCCUUGGUAUUGAAACUGCUGGUGGAGUCAUGACUGUCCUCAUCAAGCGCAAUACCACCAUCCCUACCAAGCAGACACAGACUUUCACCACCUACUCUGACAACCAGCCUGGUGUGCUCAUUCAGGUGUAUGAAGGUGAAAGAGCCAUGACCAAGGAUAACAACCUGCUUGGAAAGUUUGAACUUACAGGCAUACCUCCAGCACCCCGUGGUGUUCCUCAGAUUGAAGUCACUUUUGACAUUGAUGCCAAUGGCAUCCUCAAUGUUUCUGCUGUGGAUAAGAGCACAGGCAAGGAGAACAAGAUCACCAUCACCAAUGACAAGGGCCGCUUGAGCAAGGAGGAUAUUGAGCGCAUGGUCCAGGAGGCUGAGAAGUACAAAGCUGAAGACGAGAAGCAGAGAGACAAGGUUUCCUCCAAGAAUUCAUUGGAGUCCUAUGCUUUCAACAUGAAAGCAACAGUUGAAGAUGAGAAACUUCAAGGCAAGAUCAAUGAUGAGGACAAACAGAAGAUUCUAGACAAGUGUAAUGAAAUCAUCAGCUGGCUGGAUAAGAAUCAGACUGCAGAGAAGGAAGAGUUUGAACACCAGCAGAAAGAACUGGAGAAAGUCUGCAACCCCAUCAUUACCAAGCUGUACCAGAGUGCUGGUGGCAUGCCAGGAGGAAUGCCUGGGGGCUUCCCUGGUGGAGGAGCUCCUCCAUCUGGUGGUGCUUCUUCAGGGCCCACCAUUGAAGAGGUGGAUUAAGUCAAUCCAAGUAGAGGUGUAGCAUUGUUCCACAGGGAAACAAUUGAAGGACCCAAAUUUAGCAAGUUUCAUAGCAGUUUUAAAUUUAGGCUGCUACAAUAAAUUACUGGGCAUUCUCAAUACUUGAACACGGAACAUGUGCACAGGGAGAGGAAGUAAAUAAACAUUGCACUUUAUAAAGC